GACUGGGACGAGGAUGAAAUUGAAGGGCCUGAUGUUGAGAGCCGGAAGACGUUACUUAAUCUCGCGAAGAUGACAAAUAAUGCGUAUCUUGAGCCUGGAGAAGCGGAGUGGUACGACCUCGGAGGUGAUUGGAACGUCUCUUAUCCCGUUGGUUGGGAGCCUGAUCAAGACGGCUUCCGGGGCCAUGUCUUUGCGACGGCAGACAACUCGACGAUCGUGCUUUCUAUCAAGGGCACUUCUUCCGGCUUCAUCGGCGGGGGUGGGCCUACGUCCAAGAAGGACAAGUUCAACGACAACCUGCUGUUUAGCUGCUGCUGCGCGCGCAUUGACUGGACGUGGACCACCGUGUGUGACUGCUAUCGAGGAGGCUGGAAGUGCGACCAGGAUUGUCUGGAGCAGGCGUUGGUGGACGAGAGUCUAUUUUAUUCUGUUGGGACUAAUUUAUACUAUAACCUUACAUAUAUGUACCCGGAGUCAAACAUCUGGAUAAUCGGACACUCGCUCGGCGGCGCCCUCGCUAGCUUACUUGGGGUGACGUUUGGCGUACCAGUUGUAAGCUUUGAGACACCGGGGGAGAAGAUGGCUGCCGGCAGGCUGCAUUUGCCGUCGCCGCCAUCUACACAGCACAUUACACACAUAUACCAUACUGCAGAUCCGAUAGCGAUGGGCACCUGUAAUGGCAUCCUGUCAUCCUGCGCGCUCGCAGGUUACGCAAUGGAGAGCCAAUGUCAUCUCGGAGAGUCCAUCGUCUACGACACAGUCACAGAGCUCUCCUGGGCGGUCGACGUCCGGAUGCAUCUCAUCGUAAACGUAAUUGAGAACAUCCUCAACAUAACUUGGGCGCCUGCGCACGCCGAGGGGCGUGAAGUGCCCGCAGCGAGGGAAGAA